CAAUUAAUGAAGCCGGGCUAUAGUUUUUGACACAGUAUACUGUGGUUUUUGAUCUAAUUUGUUUUGUAAUAUAUUUUUUGAUUUUGUGGCGGAAAUUAUAACAUUAAACACUGCAUCAUGGAUACAAGUGUGAAUACGUUCUUCGUAUCGGAGAAAAUAUCAAAAAUUCGCUGGUUGCCGGAGAAGUUGGAAGCAGCAGAACGUAUCCUCACUGGAAGUUGGGAGAUGCCCGCUAAUUUUGUGCGUUUAUGGCGAUUACAGCAGAAUCAAUACGCUGAUGACUACAACGAGUUUGUCCCGCGUUGUUGUGACAAACAACCCUUCAAUGGUGAUGUUACCGGGCUUGAAUUUAUUGCAAAUGAUUUGGCUGUAGUUAGCUGCGCUGAUGGACGUAUUACAAUACUGCAUGUUACACGCGCCGUUGAGGAUGAUGUCUUAAAACAGAAAGCGCAAAGUGAUGUACUUCACAAAUUUGAAGCAAGUGGCGCUGCGGCUCCUUGUACAGCAAUAUCUGCAUACGAAAAGGAAAUUGCCACUGUAGGUGAGGAUGGUCGCUUGAAUAUUGUUGAUGCUAAUGAUGUGCAUAAAGUGCGACGCACCAUUGAGGCAGACAGCAUAGCGCUGACUGCUUUAAAAUACGUCAAUCCUCGUGAGGUGCUAACAGCAAAUCGUAUGGGUGUCAUUCGAAUGUUCGAUGUACGUGCCUCAGCCGAUGAAGUAGCUGUCACAGCUUUUAUGACUUCAUGUGAAGAGGAAAGACGUUCAAAUUAUGUAUCCGCGAUCACUUCGCAUCCAACACAACCGCAUAUUGUACUAGCUGGAUCAGAGGAGGGCUCCAUAACCGUAUGGGAUCUACGACAACCAGGGUUUCCAGCAUCAUAUUUGAGUGCACAUACCAGUGCUAUAACUGAAAUUGGUUUCCACCAUAGAGAACCUUCCAAGCUCUUUACUGCUGCGGAAGGUGGCGAGUUGUGGUUGUGGAAGCAACAGUCGAGUACGGGUAUUACUGAUAUGGAAGCAUCUGCAGCGGAACACUGUAACCCUUGGUUAAAUGGGGAGCGUGCUAAAAGCCGAAUAAAUGUUACAUCAUUAAUUUCAAAUUUGCGAAAAUCUAUUAACACCUUCGAUGCAAGUGGCUCAAAGAUAAUUUGUGGCAGCGAUAGCGAAGCAAUUUAUUUUAUUGAUAGUAUAUAUUAAAUGUUAUGUUAAAAUAAUAUGUAGUUGAUAUUAAAUGAGGUACCUAAGUUUUUGUAAACGAUAUACAUAUUUUAUUAAUUCAACUCGUAAAUUGGUGUUUAAAACAGAAGUUUAAAGAUUGUUUCGCUUUCUGAAGGAUAGAGUUGGUUUAGUGUGGUUGUAACAGCAUACGAAUUCCCCAAAGAGUUUUUGGCGAAUGAUGCUGGAAUGACAGCCCUUGGCCAAAUAUGAAUCGGGAUGUUCCGCCUACGUAGCCCUGACUGUCGUGAGAAAGUCUCUAAGAUUGUAUAUCCGGUUCGUGACUUUUCUUAGUUAAGACACAAACAAAUUACGUACAUGCAACCGAUUUGAAAGUUUACAACGGAAAUUAGCUUUUAAAGUUACUA